AUGGCUUUCGGGAUCAGAAUCCCCUUUGAAUGGUAUGAAGGGCGUCUUCCAUGUCUCCUCAGACUUUUAGGUCCCAGAGUUGAUCAUUCACAAGUUUCUCAACGUCCUACACUCGCAACGAUUGCGGUUCUUGUUGAGGGCGUCUAUGGCGUUGGAGUCAUUAGUCAACCUCCUCAUUGGCUAAAAAGUGUUGUCCUCCUCAGCUGCCCUAUCAGUGCAGUGUAUUAG